AUGGAAUCAAACAUCAAUUCUGCGGUGGAGGUUGAAACUGUGAGAAAUGAAGAAGGCCAAGAUGUGUUUGAUCGAUUUUAUGUGUGUCUAGAUGUGUUGAGGAGAACAUGGAAAUCGACUUGUAGGCCAAUACUAGGAGUUGAUGGUUGCUUCUUAAGAGGAAAAAAGAAAGGUCAAUUGUUGGUUGCUCUAGGUCGCGAUGAUGAUAAUGCCAUCUAUCCUAUAGCAUGGGGUGUUGUACAAGUUGAAAACACUGAUAAUUGGUUAUGGUUUGUGAAGAACAUCAAGGCAGACUUGGCUUUAGAUGAUGGUGAUGGGAUUGAUCAAGUCUGUAAAAACAGAGCUACCAAAGAUUCAGCAUUGAAUGUGUGUCAGACAUAUAUAUAUAGAAACGUGAAGGCCAAACAUGGGAAGAAAACUGAGCCGAAGAAACUAAUUUGGUGGCUUGCAUGGAGAUAUAACGAGGCAGAAUAUAAGGAAAGGCUUGACUGUGUGUUCAACUAUGAUUCAGAGGUAUUUGAAGAUGUUAUGAAGACAAAUCCAACUUCUUGGGUAAUGCGGUUUUACAAGAUGGGAAAUUUAUGCGAGGAUGUUGAGAACAACUCUACAGAAUCUUUCAACAGCUCUAUAGUUCAAGCGAGAGAGAAGCUUUUAGUUCCAAUGUUAGAAACAAUUGCGCGUCUGGCGAUGGUCUGUAUAGCUGCUCGAGAUGUAAAAGCUACCAGCCACAAACACAUAUGUACUCCUUAUGUGAUUGAGUAUCUUCAAGAGCAACAUAAGAAGGCUGCAGAGUGUGUGAAGCUCAAGAUUUUGUCUGUCACUGGUUCGAACCAGACAUCAACGUGGAGAAAGACUUAUCAAGAGGGUAUAAUUCCAAUAAGAGGAGCACGGUUCUGGCCAAGUUCAUCAGCUCUGUCAGUUCAUCCAACCCCUGAUCCUGAUCAACCUGGCCGCAAAAAGAAGAAUGCAGAGGAGAAGAGGAAGAAAAGUGUUAAUGAGUGGCCAGUGAAGAAGAAAGCUAAAACUCUGAAGCGAAUAAUGCAUUGCGGAAUUUGUGGUGAGGCCAACUACAACUCUCGGUUCCAUAAAAAGGGUCAGAAGGAUGGAACAUCACAAAUCGAAGCUUCCCAAGGGCUAGUUGCUCAAGAGAUCUAG